UCCGGAUGGACGAACGCUCACGAGACAAGAAGCAAAGAGGACUCGAAGGAACGAGGCGAAGCAGGUGAAAACUCGAUAGGAAGGGGCCAAGUAGAAGAGGACUCAAAGGGAACGGACGGACGAACGGGUGGAUGGAUCGGAAGAACGAAUCAGGGAAGAAAUUCCAAAGGAUUGAGAGCAGGAGCGAACACGGCGAGUCAAGAAAUCGCUCGAGCGCAUGACAGUGGCAAGAAAUUUGGCAACAAUUCAUCUCAAGGUAGUUUUGGAGGUGAAAUCUGA